AUACGAGACAACUUCCGUACGCUACCACUAUCCGAAUGGCAUGUCAGACUCUUACCCAUUGUAGGUACAUCGACCUCAAAAGAAGCUCGAGAGUAUUUUUCGAAUUUUGAGAAGCAUUUGGUACAGUUCCGGCAUGAAGAUGACAACGAUGAUUUGCGGAUUCGUCUUGUGUUUGAUAAGCGUCGAUCGGAUGACAGGAAGGAGUGGAUUACCGAGCGGUUGGUGGCGGUCAACCAGGAAAGCGCCGAUGAUGCGCCUCUGACGAACGACAUCACCUAUAAAGAAUUCGUCGACAAUGAUCUAUUUCGCUAUUCACUAUUGGAUUUGAGGCGAUCCAUACCCUCAGUGGUGGACGGACUGAAGCCAUCCCAACGUAAAGUGAUUCAUACUUUACUGCGAAGGAGUUCGAAUAAGGAGAUCAAAGUAAACCAACUUGCAGCUGCUGUCGCUCUCAACGAAGCUUAUCAUCAUGGAGAGGUAUGA